AGCUUAAGUGUUCCUCUGUAGCCGGAGAGCGAGCAGGAAGUGCAGCUCAUGCGCCUCUCCACUCGUCUCAUCAAUGCAGCUUUCAUUCUGCCUCAGUGGGGCAAGAUGGAAGCUGUACAAAAGGAAUACUGGUACUUCGUGGUACUCAUCUUUCUUCCUCUUCUUAAAGUGGCUGUCCAGGAUAAAGAAGUGGCCACGGUGCGGCUGGAGGAGGGGAUGGUGUUGGACUGCUUGUGUCCCUGGAAGGGGAACCUCAGCAUGGUGUCCUGGACCAAAGAGCCUGACAGGAAUCCCAUGGCCGUUUACCACCCCGAGUACGGAGUCAACUUCCCCCACCUGUACCGGGACCGGGUGGAGUUCCUGAAGAGCACGGCGAUGGACGGGAGCAUUUCCAUGAGGAACGUCACCCACCGGGACAUCGGGGUGUACCACUGCUCUGUGCAGACCUUCCCUCAGGGACCCUGGACCAGGACGGUCCAGGUGGAGGAUUUAGACGAACCUCCGGUAGAUGACGACGAAAACGAAAAUCCUGACGACGACCUCACCGAGUCGCCGCCCGACCCCGAGGUGACCGUGGCCGACACGGAGCUGCGGGCGGAGCAGGGCGCCAACCUGACCGUCAACUGCAACCACCGGCACAACGGCAGCGUGUCCCAGGUGGUCCUGGAGAGGAGGCUGGCCGGCCGGCCGUGGGACAUCAUCGGGGUGUGCAAGAAGGUGGACGGCGGCCUGGUGAGCGAGGACUACAGCGACAGCGACAGGGGCAGGGUGCAGUGCGCCGACAGCCUGGACAUCAGCCUGCAGCUGAGCGACGUGUCCCGGGACGACGCCGGCUUCUACCGCUGCACCUUCAACACCGACACCGGGGUGCAGAUCAACACGGUGCAGCUCACCGUCACGGCUGCAGAUGGGUUCAGCCUGUCGUUAUACAUGAUGUAUAUUUACAUCGGGGCGGGAGCCGCUGGACUCCUGCUUCUCACCGUCAUUCUCAUACUAGCAGUGAGACGCAGAAAGAAGAACAGGAGGGAGGAGUACAGAGUCAAACUGCACCCGUCCCAGAGACAGCCGAACCCCUAUGAGAACAUGCCGAGGUACCCCGAGGUCGCACCCAAGUCCAGGCAGAGGGAAGAGUGUCCCAUCUACGCCAACCUGCCGAGCGUGCGAUCGGCCAAACCCAAACGCCACCACAAGAGAACGUACAAAACGUAACGUCACCUGUCCUCAGAGCAGAUUCCAGAUCGGUUCUCUUGUCUGAAGUCGACAGAUUUGUCGGGGUCCUUCCGUGUUCCCACUCACUGAAUGCAGUUCGUGCCGAGGAAACAUUUGUUUUGUCACAUCAUUUGACAGUAAGAUCCUCGCGGAGGAGCAAGACAAAAAGCCCGUCUAAUCAUGCCUUUCACUCCCAUAACCCCUCCCAAGUUAAAACCACUGACAAAAGCCUGUGUAAUUGCCCCUCUUUUUCACUUUCAUCCUCCCUGGUCUCCAUUCAGAGCCUGACAAUGGCGUCUAAUCAUCUAACAGGGAUGAAAAGCAGCCGCUCAGUGGCGCCGCGCCCCUCGAGACUGGAGCCUCUCCCCCCGGUGGGCUCCCAGUCUGAGCCCGCUCCUCUUAGAACGAACUCCAGAUAGAUAAUCCUCAUGCUUUGUGUGUUUAUGAGUUUGUUGUUGUUGUUGUUUUUCACCCCCUUCUUUAAAUAUGAAAGUCAUCUGUAUGUAAACUUCAGCAAACUUCCUUUUUUUUUUUUUUUUUUCCUGUGCAGCUGUUUGCUCUGUAAUCUCCUUCGUUUAUCUCCAUAGAAAUGGAGGCAGUGGCAGAGGCAGUAAUGGAUAAGCGGCCUGUUCCGCUAGGAA